GGCAAAUGACCCAGCUUUGUGAACUGAUCAAUAAGAGCGGGGAACUGCUAGCAAAAAAUCUUUCCCAUCUGGAUACAGUGCUUGGUGCCCUGGAUGUUCAAGAACACUCCUUAGGGGUUCUUGCUGUUUUGUUUGUGAAGUUUUCUAUGCCAAGUGUCCCUGAUUUCGAAACAUUAUUCUCACAGGUCCAGCUUUUUAUCAGCACUUGUAAUGGGGAACACAUUAGAUAUGCAACAGACACUUUUGCUGGCCUCUGCCACCAGUUAACAAAUGCCCUUGUGGAAAGAAAACAGCCCCUGCGAGGAAUUGGCAUACUCAGACAAGCCAUAGACAAGAUGCAGAUGAACACAAACCAGCUGACCUCAAUACAUGCAGAUCUCUGCCAGCUCUGUUUGUUAGCAAAAUGCUUUAAACCUGCCCUCCCGUAUCUAGAUGUGGACAUGAUGGAUAUUUGUAAAGAGAAUGGGGCAUAUGAUGCAAAGCACUUUUUAUGUUACUACUACUAUGGUGGAAUGAUAUACACUGGGCUAAAGAACUUUGAAAGAGCACUCUACUUCUAUGAACAGGCAAUAACUACUCCAGCCAUGGCAGUCAGUCAUAUUAUGUUGGAAUCGUAUAAAAAGUACAUUCUAGUUUCUUUGAUACUACUUGGCAAAGUUCAACAGCUACCGAAGUACACCUCUCAGAUAGUGGGUAGAUUCAUUAAGCCUCUUAGCAAUGCGUACCAUGAAUUAGCACAAGUUUAUUCAACCAAUAAACCAUCAGAGCUCCGAAACCUGGUCAACAAACAUAGUGAAACAUUCACCAGAGAUAACAAUAUGGGGCUGGUUAAGCAGUGCUUGUCAUCUCUUUAUAAAAAGAAUAUACAGAGGUUAACUAAGACAUUUUUAACCCUCUCAUUACAAGAUAUGGCAAGUAGAGUGCAGCUAUCGGGGCCACAGGAAGCAGAAAAAUAUGUCCUUCACAUGAUAGAAGAUGGUGAAAUCUUUGCAAGUAUUAAUCAGAAAGAUGGUAUGGUCUGUUUCCAUGAUAAUCCUGAAAAAUACAACAAUCCAGCUAUGCUUCAUAACAUUGAUCAGGAGAUGCUGAAAUGUAUAGAGCUUGAUGAACGACUGAAAGCCAUGGAUCAAGAGAUCACUGUGAACCCUCAAUUUGUGCAGAAGAGUAUGGGCUCGCAAGAAGAUGAUUCAGGAAGCAAACCUUCAAGUUAUUCUUGAAAUUAACAUUGGCCACUAUGCUGUUUUAAAGUAAAAGCUAAAGAAAACCACCUUUUGGACUGGGCAUGGAGAGGUCCUAUAAAGGGAGCAGAGAGAACUGAGACUUCAUCUGGACAUUUAGAAAAUAAAAUGACACCUCCUCAGUUACUGUAUGAUUUCAAAAAUAUUCUCUGCAAAGAAAGGAAAUCUCAAAAAAGAAAUUUAAAGUCUGUUGUGGAUUUAUUUAUCUUCAGAUUAACAGCGUUAAUGCAUUAAAUAAUCUUCCUUUUGUUUUAA